GCGAGCGGGGACCGGAGACACGGAGGUGAAAGUUCAGCAGCAUGGCUCCCACAUAUUAGGUGACAGUGUGGGAAAGUUGAACACAGAACCGACACGGCGGGGGAAGAGCCACCGGCAUGGCGAGCCAGCGGCAGCGCGCGGCGAGCGGGGAGGAGGAGGAGGAGGAAGAGGAGGACUCCGCGCUGGGAUACUACGACGACGAAGACGACGACGACCUGGAGGCGUUUUCAGAAGCCGAGCUGGGCUCUGAGGACGGAGUGCUGCGUUUCAGCGACUCUCUGAGCGGAGAGGUCAAACCUCGGAUCCUGCUGAUGGGCCUGAGGAGGAGCGGGAAGUCCUCCAUCCAGAAAGUGGUCUUCCACAAGAUGUCCCCCAACGAGACGCUGUUCCUGGAGAGCACCAACAAGAUCUGCAGGGAGGACGUGUCCAGCAGCUCCUUCGUCAGCUUCCAGAUCUGGGACUUCCCCGGCCAGAUCGACUUUUUUGACCCCACAUUCGACUAUGAAAUGAUCUUCAGAGGCACCGGAGCGCUGAUAUUUGUCAUCGACUCUCAGGAUGACUACGUGGAGGCUCUGAGUCGACUGCAUCUCACUGUCACCAGGGCCUACAACGUCAACCCGGACAUCAACUUCGAGGUUUUCAUCCACAAAGUGGACGGCUUGUCAGACGACCACAAGAUCGAGAAGCAGAGGGACAUCCACAAACGGGCCAACGACGAUCUGGCUGACGCAAGUCUGGAACGGAUCCUUCUGAGCUUUUAUUUAACCAGUAUAUACGACCACUCCAUAUUCGAAGCUUUCAGCAAAGUGGUGCAGAAGCUCAUCCCGCAGCUCCCCACGCUGGAAAACCUGCUCAACAUUUUCAUUUCUAAUUCGGGCAUCGAAAAAGCCUUCCUGUUUGACGUCGUCAGUAAGAUCUACAUUGCGACUGACAGCAGCCCCGUCGACAUGCAGACGUACGAACUGAGCUGCGAUAUGAUUGAUGUGGUCAUUGACAUCUCCUGCAUCUAUGGCUUGGCCAAUAGCGAAGCUGGUUCACCGUAUGAUAACGAAUCCAUGGCCAUCAUCCACCUGAACAACACCACGGUCAUGUACCUGAAGGAGGUCACCAAGUUCCUGGCGAUGGUCUGCUUCCUCCGCAAGGAGAGCUUCGGGAGGAAAGGACUGAUCGACUACAACUUUCACUGCUUCAAGAAAGCCAUCCAGGAGGUUUUCGACGUUCGGCUAAAGGUUCAACAGAAUCGCAAACUCCUCAGCCAGAGGCGGUGGAGCAAACUGACUAUGACCAACGGAGGGGUCGGCAACGCCCACUGAGAACCCAUGUGCUGAGCCGUCCAUUGCUUUCACUGCUCCGUGCGCUUCCUGUCUUCUGCCAGCUGGACUGUCUCAACCGACAAUUCCUUAAUGUAUGCGGCACAAAAAUCAGUGUAGUUUUAGUGAUCUUAACAGUUAUUUACUGAAAACUCACAGCACAACUUUUAAUGUUUAUUCAAAAUAGAAAUGAUGGGAAUGUUCACGUUUAAGUUACUGUGAGAUCAACGCAGUGCCGAUGGAAUGUUUUCACCUCAGUAGAUGUUUUCCUCUUUUAUUGUCUUUAUUGAUUGAAUCAUCGUCAACUUCUUCUUCCUUAUUCUUAUUGUCAUUCUUAUUAAUUUAUUUAGAAACUCCAUCCAGAUAUAUGAAGUCUUUGUUGUAAUGAAGCAUCAGCUUUGACUGAAUCACUCCUAAAUAGUCACAUUCUCUUUAAACAACUUCUGUAAAGCUUUCACUGUUUUUUCAGACUAUUGCUUUAAGAUCAGUCGUUUUUUUUUUUAAGCCAUAGUUCACUUUCAGGAUGACGAAUGUUGGUAAUAUUUAUUGUUCAUGUCUGCAGUGCAUUAUUUAGUAGCUACCAAAUGUAUCGUCUGAUCUCCAAAAGGUUUUAUUCUUGUCUCCUCAGAGCAGUGAACAAAUUAGAAUCAGAUUUAAUUGGUGCUUUAUUUAACCCUUGGUUUUCCCACAAUACCAGAAAGCUUUCAGUGGUGAAUGUUUGACUGUGAUUUAAUUAAUAACAACAGCAAGAGAGGAGAACAUGUAAGUCCACCCACAGGCGUCGUAUAUGCAAAAGUUAGUUUGCAUUAACGUGAGUUAAUUAAUGGUUUUGGUUUGUUUGCAAACGAUCAACAAAGGUUAAUUGUGUGUUUCCAGCCCCGUGCGAACAGAAGUAUUUAUUGAAAUGAGGGUUUUGUGUUUGUCUGCCAUGGGAGAAUUGGACACAGACAGAAUAUACAGAGUUGAAAGUGUUGGCGGAUUAACGUAACAAAAACAAUAUCUGAUAAUAAAACCUCAGCAUAUUAAACUUGUGGGCUGCCAGCAGAGCAGAGAUCUCUCUCAUAAUGAUAAUCUCUGCCAAAUAGUGAGCAGAUCGGCACCUUCCUUUCCAACGCUGAAGCAAUAAUAAACAAGGAUUAGCAGAUGCGUGCGGUAAAUUAAUCUGCGAGUAUAAACUUGUGUAUUCUGAUGGUGAACACAUCCGCAUAAGGUCAACCUCACUAAAUGAAAAGAGUGUAUUAUUUUGUCCAUCUGUCAGACACAAUCCAGUGAGUAGUUCUGCGUCCACAUGCCAUAUCAAGUUUGCACGCAUUUUUGACACGCUCCGCCUGUCGGUGCAUCGUGCGCUCAGCGUUCAGAAGCAUUCUGAACGUAAACGGCCAUACUGCUCCUUCCUGGUUCAGGUCAUUGAAUGCAAUGAUUGUGAUUCGUUAAUUAGAAACCAGCUGAUUUGUAUUGUUUCUUACAUAUUCUCUAUCGUUCAAGUUUAGCAGAAUAUGAACAAAUAUUUUUUUUUUUAACUUGGGUAAAGCAGUCUGCUGCUCUUGUUUUCAGCCCGAUGUGGAUCACACUUGUAAUCUUCCCUUCACAGCGUCGAGUCAAGUGAGUGGCGGCUGCUCGAGUGCCGCCGCCGCUACGAGAGGCAGAUGGUGGACGAGUUAGAGGAAGAGAGCGCAGGUCCUAGUGGUGCAAGAGGCAGACUGUUGCUGAGUUAGAAGACAGCUGUGGCCCAUUCACUCCUUGCAUGUGACUGAGAGCAGAAAUAGUGUUUGGCUGAGGUUAUUGGCAAUUGGUAACAUCAACAUAUUGCAUGAAAUGUGCAAAGGUUUCCUUGAGUGGAGUAAAGAAUUAAGAAUUAAUAAUCAUCUCAUCUGUAUCUUCCUGUCGGGAUUCACCUAAUUUAUAAAAUGAACUGAUAAAUGAUAUAAAAGGAGGUUGAUUGUCUAAUUUUUCCAUCUGAAAUCUUUAUUCUAAGGUUUCAGUAGUCAGCGUAGCUUUUUGAGAACGCAGUUUAUCAGCCACCAGAAUCCAACAGAACACGGUGGAGGUACCAUCAUGCUGUUGGGUGGCUUUGCCACCAGUGCUGGGAAAGUCGGGAGAUCACUUCGACAUUUAGAGCGAAAAGUGUCUGUCAGUGCCGGAGAGAUGUGUUUCAGGCGAAGCACUUAGCUCUUUGAAGCUGACUGAGCCGAAGUUCACAUCCAACAGAAGAAAGCGAGAGUUGAACUGUUUUGAAGUGACCAGCCAUACGAGUCCUGACCUAAAUCCAAACUGCAAAGCCUUUGAAGAGAGAUGAAAUCUACCACUGGAGAAAGGACUCCUGCGGACUUAAAAGAGUUUUGAACACAUCACCGUGGAAGAAUGUCAGGAACGAGCAGCAAAAAAGAUACAAGAGGCUUCUAGAAACGAGAGACUGUUAGAUCCUGCUAUCUGCCAAAGACUCGACAAGGCGGCGUUAGUGAAGUGUGACGAUAACUGUGCGACAAGACACCUGCUGCUCUUGAUGGUUUUCAAGUAAAUUUGUGAUAUUCUAAUCACACAGACUUGGUGUGUUUGUGUUUAUAGUUGCGUUCUGCUCCUGCAAAGGAAAUCCAGAAGACCACAAUAAAGUUUGUGCGUUUACAGAUAUGAUUCGAGGCCUCUAGUUUUUAAUCAGAUAUGCAGAAGUCCCAUUCAGUCGAUGUUCUGAAGUAGCUCGACUGCUGG